GGCACGCUUGUGCAAUUCCGUCUCACUGUCACGGGCAUUGGAAAAGAUGGCUGGUGAGGUGAAAGCAGCGCAAAGUGCAAUGCCUGGUGGCGACACCAUCUUUGGGAAGAUUGUUAGGAAGGAAAUCCCUUCUGAAAUUCUGUUUGAAGAUGACAGGGUGAUAGCAAUCAAGGAUAUCAAUCCGCAAGCUCCAGAGCAUUUUCUUGUGCUGCCAAAGAAGACAAUAAGUCAGCUCUCUAAAGCAGAGGACAGUGAUGAGCCAUUGUUGGGCCACAUGCUCACAACCGUGAAAAAGGUUGCCAAACAAAGAGGGUUGGAAAAUGGUUACAGAGUGGUCAUCAACGAAGGGAAGGAUGGAGCUCAGUCAGUUUAUCAUUUGCACAUGCAUGUUUUAGGGAAAAGGCAAAUGGCAUGGCCUCCAGGUUGAUACGAGGAAGAACAGACAUGGCUAAAUUAUGACAUACGCAUACACAACCAUACGCAAACUUUUUUAUCUCUCAUAUGGUAGCUGAUAAAAUCAAUCAUUGAAAUAUUGCUUUCAA